AUGGGCAUAGAGAAAGAAAUUCAAGUACCAACUUUGGUGGAAGACUUUGCAGGGGCACUAAAACUUUAUGAUGAUGGAACCAUCAUUCGCACAGAGGACAAUCUCAUUGUGAACGUUCCUCCCUCCCUACAAAACCAAGAUGUUAAAAGUAGAGAUGUUGUAAUAAACAAGGAACUGGGCAUUUGGGUUCGCUUCUUCCUCCCUCCCCGUAAGCCCACCUCCUCCAAGCUAUCUCUUGCCCUCUUCUUUCAUGGUGGAGGAAUUUGUUUCCUUUCUCCUUCAUUUCUUGCUUCCCACUCCUUUUGCCAAAAGUGGGCUUCCACCUUAGGAGUAAUGAUAGUUUCAGUGAAUUACAGAUUGGCCCCAGAGAAUCGCCUUCCUGCAGCUUAUGAGGAUUCCAUGGCUGUACUCCAAUGGCUUUUCUCCACUUCUGAUCCAUGGCUCAAUGACUACUGUGAUCUCAGAAAUGUGUUUCUUAUUGGGGAGAGCUCAGGAGGGAAUAUAAUCCAUCAUCUUCUUAUGCGAGCCCAUGCUUGUGAUUUCUUUGGCAAUAUUAGAGGAGCGAUUCUGAUUCAGCCCUUCUUUGGAGGGAAAGAUCGUACCCACUCGGAGAAUGUGUGUCCUAGGGAUGUUUUGGUGAAUGUGGAGGCUUGUGAUACAUUUUGGAGGUUCGCUUUGUCCUUUGAAGCGCAUGGAAAUAGAGAUCACCCAUUCAGCAAUCCAGUCAUGUAUUUUCCUUUGGAGUUGAGUAGCGUAAUUGGGUUUCCUCCCAUGUUGGUUAUUUUGGGAGGCAAGGAUUGUUUGAGGGAUAGAGGAGCAGAGUACUACGAGGCUAUCAAAGUCUGUGGGAAGUGUAAGAAUAUUGAUUUUAUGGUGUUUGAGAUGGAAGAACAUGGGUUUCAUCUUGCUUUCAAUGAAACAGACCUUGAUAUGCAGGUCUCCAACAAUGGUAGAUUAAUGCGCGAGGCGGCUCUAUUUGUGUCUUCCAACAGCCUUUGA